AUGUCUGAGGGAGUUUUGGAAGCACAGAGAUAUGCACUUGAAGAGCUUGAGCGAUUACAACAAGCAAUUGUCGAUAGAAGAGUUGUAAAACCGCGUACCCUCAAAGAUCAGGUCAAAUUAAAUUUCCAGUGUGCUAAAUUGCUGGACCAAGUCAGCAAUACGAGUAGGAAAAUUCUCUCUUUUUAUGAUUCUGGAAAAGAUAUCAACGCCGACAAUGAGCUGUCUAACUUCUAUGAGCAGUUAAACUCCGUACGAGACUUUCAUCAACGGCACCCAGAUUAUCCUGUAGAAGACCUACGGAAACUGUAUGCACUGAAGCCUUUGGACGAAAAUUAUUCAGAAGUCGAUACUAUGUUUCGAGGGGAGGAGAUGUAUGGACGCUUUUUCGACUUGAAUGAAUGUUACGAAGACUACAUUAACUUGAAGCAAGUACCACGCUUGUCAUAUCUUGAUUACAUAUCAAAAAUGGAUGCAUUUGACGACAUCCCUAAGGCUAGUAAAACCCAACAGUACGAAAACUAUUUGGAACAUUUGUGCGAAUAUCUUGACUCCUUUUACCGACGUACACACCAACUUGAAAAUGUUGAUAAAUUUAUUUCCGUAUGCACCGCUGAAUUUGAAGCGGCCUGGGAAAAUGGGUUGUUAAGCAAAUCUUCAUCUGAAAACAGUGCAACUGGGAAGGGCAUAUUUUGUCCGUUUUGCCAGAAGUAUUACUCCAAACAAUCUGUUUAUGAUGCACAUCUAAACAGUAAGAAGCACAAAAAAGCAUCGACCAAUGCUACUGCUGAGCAAUCGCAAAGUAAUUUGUCAUCAAAAUCGUCAAAAUAUUCAAAUAUAUCGCGGUUAGAAUUUCUUAUAAAGCGUAUUUUGGAACGUAUGGAUGGAAUUCGUCAAGAUACUCGUGACAAUGUUGUGCGUCGCCAAACAUUGACAGCUUCUGAGCGUUUGGCCGAAAUCGAGGCCGCAGAACGAAGCAAAUAUGAACCUUCGGAGUCUGCACAGUCGCAGCCAGGUACAACAGCAGAAGAGAGUGACGAAGAAAACGAGGAAAAGAUUUACAAUCCUUUGAAGCUUCCUCUUGGUUGGGAUGGAAAACCUAUACCUUAUUGGCUUUGGAAACUUCACGGUUUAGGCAAAGAAUUCCCUUGUGAGAUUUGCGGCAACUAUGUGUAUUUGGGUCGAAAGGCAUUUGAUAAACACUUUUUUGAACAACGGCAUAUCUAUGGACUCAAGUGUCUUGGCAUUACCGCCUCCCCUUUACUCAAUCAGGUUACAUCAAUUGACGAGGCCGUCCAGCGUAUGUUAACAAAUAUAUUGCUGUUACGAACAAUUACUAACUAUUCAGUUUGGCAAAAAAUCAAACAAAAAUCUCGGAAGAAUGAUAUCGACAUUUCUGCUAUCAAUGAAAUGGAGGACGACGAGGGUAACGUUAUGUCUGAAAAGGUGUACAAUGAUCUUAAAGCUCAAGGCUUGCUUUCCUGA